GUGUAGUGGGGUGUGGAGUGUGGAGAGCAGCGGACGAGACAAUGGCGAUGAUGCAGUGGUGCGCGGUGGUGGCUCGGAGGAUGAUGGCCACGGCGACGCAGCGGCCGCCUUCAAUACCUUCGUCAACAAGUGCGGUGUUGGGAGCGCCAAUCCUGUGCGGCAGGGGUGAUAAAAAGACCAAGAGGGGGAAGAGAUUCAAGGGCUCUUAUGGAAACGCGAGGCCGAAGAAGAAGCAGAUGAUCCAGCGCAUCAAGGACAAGGUCGAGGUUCCCAGGUCAACUCCUUGGCCUCUUCCGUUCAGACUCAUCUAAGUUUCAUGAUUUUGAUGAUAAUUAUGUAAUAGUUCUAGUUAUGGAGCUAGGUUUUAUGCUUGUUCAGUAGUGCUUGUACAUUUCUUACGGAUUUUGGAUUGAUUAUGAAUUUCUGAUUUCUUAUAAUGAGAAAUUAUCCAUUUUUCCAAUGUUUGUUUUUCAAGUUUGAAAAUUUCGGGGUUGGAAAAUGUUCA